UAGUUACUGUGCAACUUUCAAAGGCUUCGCAUCGCUUCGAAUUUUCUUGAUCCAAAACUGAAAAAGAUGUCAUCCCAUAUUUCUAUAAUUAACCUUCCCGAGGAGGUUUUGAAUUUGGUUUACAAGUACAUUCCGGAAAUGAAGGAUAAGCUCAAUCUGGCCAAAUCCCAUUGCGUUCUUGGAAAGGCAUUCGCCCUUCACGUCGGUGGUAUUUUCAAGGAAAUCGAAAUUGCUGAACGACCACUCGGGGAGUGGUCGGACAUUUUGGCGCUGUGUGGAUCCUCCGUUACCAGGAUCAUGACCACAGCGGUGAACACUACCGUGACUGUGGUCAAUCUGGCCUCCAAGCACUGCCCCAACCUGGAGGAGUUUUUCUUUCCCGUUCGCAGCAGUUCCUGGAAUCAAAUCAAGUCGCUGCUUUUGACUCUACGAAAUCUGACUUGGAUUGGGCUAAUGAACAAUUUUGAGAAGGCUAAUGUGGUUGAUACACUGCUGAAAAUGCCCAAGCUUAAGAACUUGCAGUUAGUCGGGUUCAACCGUCAAGAUUGGGAGAGCGUUGGCAAACUCGUCAAUCUGACGGAAUUGACUAUAAUGAACAAGAAAGAGGAAUCUGCUGAUAUUUUUAAAGUCUGUUCCCCCCUGAAGAACAUUGAUUCACUGGAGUUUAAGUCCGCUUUUAUUCGCGUGCCCAAAAAUCAUGGUGAAUUGUGGCCGAAAAUCGAUAUGCUUAGAUUCAACUAUGGGAUCUUCAAGACGCCGCUGCGCUACUUGCCGAGUCUUAAAUAUUUGACCAUUGACAGCAUUGCCCCACGCAUGAAUCUCACCCAUGUAUUUGGAAAAUCGGCUUCCAAUUAUGGCAAAACUUUGGAAUCUCUGCGUUUUUGCACAGAAAUUCGUCGAAUCAUCGAUACUGAUGAUCUUGGGGUAAUAAUGAAGCUAAAGGCUCUGAAGAAACUCGAUUGUCAGGUGGGAGGAGAUGACUUCAUGGACUAUUUAAGUCAAUUGGAGAACCUGGAGAAGUUGAUCUUGCAGAAUUCGGGCUUGUCCAACCGUGGAGCCAUGACGUUGAUUUCUAGAUGCAAAAAAUUGCGUGAUCUUGAUCUUUUCGGAUGCCCCCGGAUCUACAGCGACCUAGUCAUGGAAGCUGUCCUUGCCUUAAGUACUCUUCGACCUCCGUCUGAAAAGCCAUUUAUACUACGUGUUAGUCGUAGCUUCGGACCUGUCGAUAUGAGCCUUCUGGGUGGAGUUUUGGAAAUUCGAUACCACAAUUUGUUUGAUUUUUUCUAAUUCAAAAUACACAACCUAAAAAUAUGAAGUACCAUAUAUAAUUUCGAAGAAAUGAACAAAGGAAGAACACAAUACAAAUAUCUGAAGGAAAAACGAAACGAUUAAGUUGUUUUGAUUAAAAAAUAUCAUUCUGUAUAUGGAAGAAAU